AUGGUGACCUCAAGCUUGCAGCCAAGGAGUGCUUCAGGGAGUCGUAAGCUCACCCAUAAUCGCAACAGCAGUAGAGAAAGCAGAAGCAGAAGCAGCAACACCGCCACCGGCGGCAUCCUUCAGUCCUGCCUUAAAGAUAAUAUUGAACAUUUCGCAUCUGACCGUUGGCCAGCCUGUGACUUAACUGCAUUAUUCAGAAACACCAAAAUCCUGAAGAUUGGCAUCCCUUCCAGCUCCGGGUGUAUCGGAGAAAGAAGCCACAGCGACGAUUUCUUAGAUCUAAAGUCGUCUGCUAGUGAAGUAGUAUCUUCGACUCCAUCCGAUAAGAAAAAGAUGAUCGAGAGUUCCUCGACACCAUCUGAUAAGAACCCAAGUAUAAAAAAAGUAGAAUCAAAUCCCUCGGAUUCUGCCACCGACUCCGAUCGCACUUUAGACUCCGACUACAAGUUUGAUCCAAACAUGGACCCCAACAAAAUAAGACGGAUCCUUGCUAACCGGGAGUCUGCAAAAAGAUCACGGAGGAAGAAGCAACAAUAUGUAGCUCAUCUUGAGAAUAACAGGAAUUCUCUGGAAGCAGAAAUAGCACUUCUAUCUACGAAAGUUAGACAUCACGAGCGUGAAUGCCUGCGAUUGAAUGUGGAAAGGACUACUAUGGAGAAGAAGUUGACUCGUGCCUUGGCUGAGGAAGCACUUAAAGAUGCUCAAAUAAAAUCUCUCAAGGAUGAAACGAAAAGGUUGAACCAGCUCCUUGCUCAACUACAUGAAAAGCAAUUACAGCAGCAACAAAAACAUCUGGAACUGCAACAACAACACCAGCAGUUGCAGCAGCAACAGCAACAGUUUCAGUCAUGGCAACAGGAGCAAUUACAAAUGCAAAUGCAACGACAGCAGGAGCAACAACAGCAGCAGGUUUUUGGGUUCACUCCAUUGGUUGAUCCACUUCUUGAAUGCAACACCAUGCAUAUGGCUUCUUUCAAUAUGGGCCCUAACCCCAUUUCAGAUCCACCCGUAAAUUUAAACUCUUUUUCGAGUCUGGAUCCUUUUAAUUCUCGAUUCACUUCUACGCUAGAUCCUCUCUUUAUGUUCAACUCACUGAGCCCGGAUCCUUCCAAUGCUGGGUUCAAUUCUAUGCUGGGUACACUCUUCAAAAAUCCCAUGAACCUGGAUUCUUUUAAUACUGGGUUAACUUCUAUUGAAGAUCCUAUCUUUACGCUCAACUCUAUGAAUCUAGAUCCUUCUAAUGCUGGGCUCACCCCUAUGCCAGAUCCGAACUUCAAAAGUUCAUAAGCCUGCAACUUUUCGUUUCUGGGUUCACUUCAAAUUCAAGUUCAAAUCCUUCGGAUAUGGUUAAUGUCUAAGUUCCGAGCUUUUUUUUUUUUAUUGAUCGGUUGUGUUCUUAUGUUUGUUACUGUCAGUAGUGGUUUUGUAGUGCAUUGGUCUAUAAUUUGGGGAGUAAGAUGUUGUUAGA